AGCAUGACGUAACGACGCUGAAUAACGUGACCUCGACACUUUGACAAGCUCCGAUCCAGUUAACAUGCCGAAGAUUAUUUAAACAGUGUUUAAACGCCAAAUAAAUCAGUGUUUAGAAUCAUUCUGUAUGUAGAUUGUGUAUUUAAUAUUGUGAAUGGAGUCUGACUUGUGGAAACUGCUAAACAAAGCUGCACUGAACAUUUCCUGGUGAAGAUGGAGCAGAAUGAAAACAAUCAGGCAGCACAAGACACCAGAUGAGGAGACGAAAUCCUGCCAGCCGUCAUCUGGACAAGAACAGAUGAGGAAAAGACCCUGUCUGACGAAGCAUUCUGUCACUUCUCAUCAAAGCCACACAGGCGAUACUAGACAGACUUUCACUUUCAUACUCAAGCAAAGCCUCAAGAGACACUCAAAAGGUCACACUGUAGAGAAGUCUUUUACAUGUUCUGAUAGUGGGAAGACUUUCACCGAGAGACACAAGCUUAAAAUUCACUUGAGGAUUCACACUGAAGAGAAGCCUUUUGCAUGCCCUCAGUGUGGAAAGAGCUUUUCAGUUAGCCAAAGCCUUAAGAGACACAUUAGCAUUCACACCGGAGAGAAACCAUACGCUUGCACCCAAUGCGCAAAGGGAUACACAGUGAAACAACAUCAUGAGAAUCACAUGAGAGUUCACACCGGAGAGAAACCUUUUAUUUACUCUGAAUCUGGAAAUAGUUUUAUGGAACAGCUUACAAUUAUCACAGAAGAGAAGCUUUUCACUUGCCCUCAAUGUGAAAAGAGAUUCAGAAGGAAGAGUACUCUUAAAACCCACAUCAGAAUUCACACCGGAAAGAAACCGUUCACUUGUUCUCAGUGUGGAAGGAGAUUCAAGCAACAAGGACAACUUCAAACUCACAUUGAAAAAGUGCCUUGAGAGGCACAUCCGAAUUCACACCGGAGAGAAACCAUUUACCUGCUCUCAUUGUCGGAGGGGCUUCCCAGAUAAACAAGAGCUUGUCGUUCACAUGCGGAUUCACUCCGGAGAGAAACCUUUUAGGUGUUCUGAGUGUGGACGGAGUUUCACUGUAAACAAGAGCCUAAAGAGACACAUGAUUGUUCACACUGGAGAGAAACCUUUCUCUUGCUCUUACUGCGCAAUGAGUUUCACAGAGAAACAAGGCCUCAAGAGGCACAUGAGGAUUCACACUGGAGAAAGACCGUUCUCUUGUUUUGUGUGUGGAAAGGGUUUCAUGCAACAGGGACACCUUCAGAGUCACAUCAGAAUUCACACCGGAGAGAAAGCGUUCAUCUGCUGAGUGUGGAAAGGGUUUCGCUGUCAAACAAAGCCUUGAGAGACGCAUGACAAUUCACGCUGGAGAAUUUAGACGGAGUGCAGAAAUCUCCUUUACCGCCACCUGUGUGCAACAUAGAUGUAGAUGAUGUGACGUUAGUAGAUGCAAAUUAGAUUUAUGCACAAAACUGGAACAAGUUGCGAAUAAUUUAAAGCGACAACAGCCCCUUUCACACUCACAGACUUUUCUGGAAAAUUUGCCAUCAAUUUUCUAGAAAGGGAUCACGUGUGAACAGAAAAAUACCGGUGAAUUCAUUCAAGUAAUUUUCUGGAAAGAGAAGUUGUAGCAUUACCAGUAAUUUGCCAGAACGGUGCUCUGUGUGAACGCAGAAGGAAAAUUGCCAGAAAGAGUGCGUUUACAACGCAUUCACACAAGGGUUGGGCGAUGUCGACCAAUUUGGCAUCGUACAAUGUCUAAUGUGAAACAUCAUGAUGGCAUCGUCGUCGUAGGUGGUGGUGAAUUAAUUAUUAAUGAAUAAUUAAAUAAUUCAUAACAAAUAAUUAUUUUUAGCCUAAUGUUUCAACUACCUGACUCGCAUGGUCUUUGUUUUACCCAGAAGUAAUCAAAUCAUAAAUAAAGAGAAGUUACACAAAAAAAUACCACCUGUCAGUCACUUUUCCCGCAGGACUCUGGCAUGAAUAGGCAGAGUGAUCUGUGUCGUUAAAAUGGCGUCGACAAACUUGUUUGGUAAAAAGGUGCACAACCAACAGUAUCUGAGAUCUUCGCUGAAAUGACUAAGUACAAGCGUGAAAGCAAAAAAUUGAAGCAGUGUACUGACGCUGUGACACGUUACCUGAUAGACUCAAAAGACUGAAGAGUCAUUAGAUAGAGACAAGAUUAAUUAAAUAUCACCUUUAACAACUAUAGUGAGACGCUGUCCAGCGGCACAUCCUUGAUAAACUGUCUGACAUGCACUGCUCUCUGGGGGUUUGUGCACAAAGCAGCUGCUGACUGCCUGGAGCUCAGACGUGCGCAUAUGCUGCAGUGCAUGCCAGAGUGUGUGUGUGUGUAUUGUCACGUGAUGUGCGUUUUCAGCAGUAUAGUGUGGAAAGGGGACUUUUCAGAAAUGCUAGGUGAAACGCCAGUGUGGACAUGGAUCGUUUUUGUACUGAAAUGCCAUUUUAAAGCUAAGAGCUAAGACGUAUUGGUAUAAAGUGUGUGUUUUUCGUGAGCGUGCUGCUGCUGCGACAGGGGCCAGGUGGAGGAUUGUGAUGCCGGCUCAGCAUUGUGAUUUCUAUGGGCCAUCGGCAACGGACGAUGGCAUCGUUUAUCGACCCAACCCUAGUUCACGCUUAGAACGCAGUGACGUAAGAUGUCUACUCCAGCCAAUUAGGCAAAUUCACAUCCACGCUGUUUAUGAAAGUAAACAGCUUUAAAUACUUCUCCAGACUAAACUAGAUAACUAGUUAACUGCUAGAUGUUAGUCAGAUAACAUUUCUGUUCCUUCUUAGGCCAACUGUGGAAAAAUUAAUCGAUGAAAUGCUUCUGAUAAACCGCUGUGAGUUUACCUGGAAGCUCUGCGUUUAGCAGGGUGACACAUGUGCAUGUGAAGAGGCGCGUGAGUCAGGUUUGAGGAGCCUACAAUACUGGUAGUCUUUCAUUUUAGAAAAAUAUCUCACAAGCUGCAGCACAAACUCAAAUGUACAUCUCAUUAUGCAAAAGUGUUCCUCAAAAUCUAUUCAUCUAUGUAGUUCACAGUAUCCAUUAGAAUUUGUAAUGUCGUCAAAUGUGUAAACAAAGCUGUUUUUAGCUGCGGUUAGCACUUCUGCCGGAUGGUAACUUAAGGGGAUUUUUUCCUAGGUAUUUGGGCCAUCACUGAGACAAAGGCAGCUACAUGAAUGCUAAAGUUUUAAAUAAAAUUAAAACCUUGAAGAAAAAGACUGACCCCCUUCAUGUUUAAUACAAGCACGGCCGUGUAGAGCUCAUUUUAGCUAAUGAUGUCAGAAUUUACUGAUAUUUUAGAAUGGAUUUGUGAAUGGUCCUUUCCGGAAAAAUUCCGCAAUGUCCUUGCCUAUGUGAACAGCACAUAUUUGAAUUUACCGGUAAAGUCGUUCCAGAAAUUUUAUGGAUAUUUACCAAUAUCACCGUUUGAAAGGGGCUAACGUGUGUGGAUGUUGAGAUCGGCUUGUUAUUGUAUUGUGAGAUCAAAUACUGAUUCAUUCUCUCAGAUAUUAAAUAUUGUGAUCGAAUCGUUACAUUUAGAGUCAUGAGCAGGAAGA